AUGGCAAGAGCGAGCAGUGGUGCUGAUGUUGAGAGAAGCCCAGGGUACCACUAAUUGAGGGAGUGAGGAAGAGAGCAGCUCGCUUCUAACUGGACUGCACGUUGGUGACAGCAUCCCGAGCUGGUGACAGACCCCCUCUGUAACUUUCAGCUAGAUUCAGCCACCAGAUCCCAGAAACAUGACCCUUGCUGCCUACAAAGAGAAGAUGAAGGAGCUCCCGCUGGUGUCCUUGUUCUGUUCCUGCUUCCUGGCCGAUCCCCUGAAUAAGUCGUCCUACAAAUAUGAAGGCUUGUGUGGGAGACAGUGUAGGAGGAAGGAUGAAAGCCAGCGGAAAGACAGUGCUGACUGGAGAGAAAGAAGAGCGCAGGCAGACACGGUGGACCUGAAUUGGUGUGUCAUUUCCGACAUGGAAGUCAUCGAGCUGAACAAAUGCACCUCGGGCCAGUCCUUUGAAGUCAUCCUGAAGCCACCCUCCUUUGAUGGGGUGCCCGAGUUCAACGCCUCCCUGCCCAGGCGGCGAGACCCAUCCCUGGAAGAGAUCCAGAAGAAACUAGAAGCGGCUGAGGAGCGAAGGAAGUACCAGGAAGCGGAGCUCCUGAAACACCUAGCAGAGAAACGGGAACAUGAGAGAGAGGUGAUCCAAAAAGCCAUUGAGGAAAACAACAACUUCAUCAAGAUGGCUAAGGAAAAACUGGCCCAGAAGAUGGAAUCCAACAAGGAGAACAGGGAGGCCCACCUCGCCGCCAUGUUGGAACGGCUGCAAGAGAAGGAACCGCCUGCUGCGCGGUGACUCCCGGGACCUGAUCGGUGGCCUCGUCCCAUGGACAAGCACGCCGAGGAGGUGCGGAAAAACAAGGAGCUGAAGGAAGAGGCCUCCAGGUAAAGCCCAGAGGCCAAAGAACUUUCCAGGUCAGCCGGACAGCUCCAGCAGCUCCACGUUCCAGGCAGUCUCGCCCGCCGGCUGCGCUCCCAGCACUGGGGUUUGGGGGGAGGGGGGUGGCCAAGGGGCGUUUCCUCUGCUUUUGGUGUUUGUACAUGUUAAGAAUUGACCAGUGAAGCCAUCCUAUUUGUUUCCGGGGAACAAUGACGGGGUGGGAGAGGGGAGAGGAGAGAGUUUGGGAAAGGGAGAUGGAGAAGAACUCAAGGACGUUGCAAUCCUGCCCGGCGCAGAUCAGAUUUUCACAUCUCUAUCUGGACAUUGAGCCUCCAGGCACCAUGUUGAGGAGAGAUGAAAACCAGGGCAGUAGAACUUCAGGGUGAAGGACAGAGUCCUGUGUGGGGCAGCGGCUGCAGGGCGCACCAGAGAACACAGCCAGAGGGGGUGUGAAGACCAGAGGUGUUGCUUCCGCCCUGCAGCAGGUGGGAUGAGGUCUGUGUGUGUGUGUGAACCAUCAUUUUUUGAUCAUCAUGACCAAUGAAACAUUGAC